CAGCAAGAAAGGUAUUUGCGAAAGCAUCGCUGUGUAUGUCCAGUUCCACUUGGUAAGAAUAAAGCGUAAUAUAGACUCGUCUGCAUGGAUUUACCAAAUUUGCAAUUGGUAGUAUAUGACGUUCAAUCAAUCGCAAUUAAUUUGGAUUCAGAGCAACUGGCAAGAUAGACAUCGAUAAAAUAAAACGACAAAAAGUCAUCACUUCAUGAAUUAUGCAUGUGCGAAACUUUUUAACGUACAAGAUUUAAAGUGGGUAAAUUGAAACAAAUCUCUACGCGCGGGUGCCAUGUAAGAGAAAAUAGUGUACCAAGGAAACAGAAUUAAAAUAUGGAAAAUAUUUAUAAAUCAUUAUGAAACAAUGCAUGUGACCACACAUAAAUCGACGAGGAAUAAUGAAGAAGAUGCCAGUAAAAUCACCAAACUCCACAGAAAUCUAAAUAAAGACAAUGCCAUUGCGGAAGAAGUUAAUAAACAUAAAGCGAGCAAAGUAAAAUCAGAACCGCAUCAAGGUUCAUUUUGGAUGCUCAGGAUAUUAAUAAUGUUUUUCAAAUUCCUGGGUCUCGCCGCGUUUGCCCACCAUAUCAUCACGCGGAAAAAGCGACUGACAAACACAUUUCAGUACUCCCAACUUGGGAUCGUUUACAAUGUCGUAUUGUGUAGUUUACUGAUUGCCUCGACCUAUCUGUCGAUACCGUACAUACUUCAUUUGGAUUAUGAGAAUAAGUCUAACUUGACCACAGGCAUCGAGAUUCUGCAAGGUAUACUUGGCACCAUCGUGAUGUGCGCGAUUUUACUCAGCUUUUGCAUCGAUCAGAAGUCCCUGGUGAGGAUCGCCAAUCGAUUAGUAGACAUCGAACACGAAAUGGAUCGUCUGUAUCAUCUGUAUCGUCCGCUGCGACGACAACGUAUCUUUCAUGCUCUGAUUAUCGUCUGCGUCUUGAAGAUUUUUCUGCUCAUUUCCCUCGUGUCCACCGAGCACUUGGCCUUCGACACGGGUCCGGUCUCCUGGAUGUCGGAUAUUAUGCCGACAUUUCACGUGGGUUGGCUGUUGAUGCAAUACUACCUGUUAGUCUCGAUCAUUCAGGCGGAUUUUGUUGAUGUGAAUCAAGCGAUAGAGAGUCUGACCAGUGCCAGCACACCUGAUCAUCAACCGCAGUCUCUCAAUCAAACGCGUCGCGUUGUUGUCGGCAAUUCCACCGUUCAUCAAUUGCUGCAACUGCAAAAUGUGCACUGUCACCUGUGUGAAAUUUCCGAGGAUGUGUCAGAAUUCUAUUCACUGCCGGUAUUGUUCGGCUUUGCUUUUCUCUUUCUGACACUCAUAUAUAACGGCUACUAUCUUCUCUCGCCUUUGCUGAUGACCGACGAAAUCUUAGAGUACGUGGUACUCAGUAAUACUAUUAUCUGGUUAAUAUUCCUCAUCUAUCCCAUUUCUCUCCUCACCAACAGAAUUACUAGGUUUUUGAAUGAGGUGAGCAAAACGGGCAGCGUGGUACAUAGUCUUUUAAGCUGCACGAUCGGCAAAGAGACGAAGUCAGAGCUUAAGCAAUUUUCGCUACAAUUGUUACAUCGCAAGUUAGAGUUUACAGCUAACGGAUACUUCGCGCUCGAUAAUAGUUUUUUCCAUUCGCUGAUCGGCACGGUGGCGACUUACUUGGUGAUACUUGUGCAAUUUCAAAUGGGGAGCUCGUGUUCGUCAAAUCCUGAAUGCAAUUGUACAAAGGAAGAUUUGUCAAAAGUCGAAUAA